UUUCCUGGUAACUAACUAUGUCCAUUCAUAAAUAAAUAUCGGUGGGACGUGAAUGAGGCUUUUUUUACCGAUUGCAGGUAGAAAGUGUACACACGAGCCGUACGAUAUUUAUUUUAUCGUAUUUACCCUAUCCCCAUUCAUUCGCAACUUUAUUACCAGUUUAGAGCGGACGAAAAGGAACGACAGAUCAACCAGUGAUUUUCCUUUAAAAACAAAAUGGACUACUUCUAACACAAUAGUGUAUCAGAUAAUACAUUAUUUUUCUGAAAUUUUAUCACACCAUGACAAUCCAAUAAUGGAGCCUUUUAUUUCUACAUCAAAACGAUUCAAUUAAAAUAUCCGGAAAAUUGCUUUUUCAUUGCCCAUUUAUUUGCAACUAUUUUUCCAUAUCGCAAGUAAGAGACACACUAUACGAUCGCGAAAUUGAAAACUUGCAAAAUGGUUGUUUAUUUAAUUUCUUCUAGACCUGCAGCAACCCCUUGUUGCUCGGCCUACACAUGCGCAAUCGCUCGCACCCCAUGAGGUGCAAGUGAGACAAAACGCGACGCUUCGACCAGAGAAUAAAAAGCUUCCCCAAAACAUUGUGACUUAAUUCCUAAAAUCCCGAGAAUAAACAAAAAAUUAGUGAAGAUAAAAUUAAAAACGCGCCAAUCACCCGCCUACCGAUAUAAACUAGUGGCGCGCACGCAUUCUCUCUAGAUCCCACAAUAAUCUCUUGUAUAUUUUUAGUUUCAUUAAGUCUCAUCGUGUACAAUUUUAAUUCCAUUGUUCUCGCGUAAAAAAUCACGACAGACUAACCGCUCGGUAAUUUCAAAACAUUUGCGCUCAGUAUCUCGGAUUUUAAAAUUCCACUCGCAAAAUAAUUCAUACAACAAAUACCUACGGAUAUACAUAUUUAUCUCAUACCCUCUCCACAUCCUCAGUUAAAUUCUACCUCUGACCAGUUGAGUAAUAUACAAACCCGCGUGCACAUACAAUCUAAUAUAAUCACCCGAGUAUUUAAUUUCUCCAUGUGGCAAUUUCGAGUUUUCCCACACAUCCUGUCCCUCGGAAUAACCAAUGAUCAUUGAAUGAUUUGGAUGUGUGGACUACUUAUUAGUGCGAAACCUUUGAACCGUGUAAUUAAUCUUAAUGAAGCAGAUGUGCGACCCCGCCUCGUUUGUUCGUGCACAGUAUUAUAUGUCUGGUAAAUUAUCGGUCGGUACAGCAGGGUGAAUAGUAAUGAGUGUAAUGAGACAGUGGAAGAUGUGGUUCAAGUAGAUAAUGCCUUGAGAGAAGAAAAAAAAAAUACGUCAUAUAUCUAUAUCGAGUGGGAGUGAGCGCGCCACCAUUCGAACAUUCUCAUUUCCACCACACAUACCGCGUGGCAACAUGAUUACUGCUGAAGAUAUCAGUUUGCCGUCAAUCGUUCACUCGUGUACACGCACCUUCAACUAGUCAACUUGUAUUUAACCAUCGCUCGUCUAUUCCACAUCAAGCAAAAGAUUUCUAUGAAUCUCACCCUGUCCCGGAGUGAGGAUGAUUAUUGAAACGAAUCGUUGUAAUUGUAGUUAGUGAAUUAUAUCGUUGAUGAUAGUGAAUGUAAUACAACAAUUGAAAUAAUUCCAUUGUGAUGAAGCGCUCACCAGAGGAGACGGUUGGCUCUCUCCAGCGAUCUUUGAACCUGACCUUUGAUGGUAUCUCUCAGACUGUUAAAGCAGGCCUAUUAAUGAGAGAGAAACGUCAUCUGCUGCAUAAUAUCAGUGGUGACUUCAGGGCUGGAGAAUUGACAGCUGUUAUGGGCCUCUCUGGCGCUGGAAAGUCCACACUUAUGGAUAUUCUCGCUGGUUUCACAUCCCCGCAGAGUGGCAGUGUGUCUGUAAAUAACAGGCCCCGUGAGUUGGCAGCAUUCAGAAGAUCAUCAGCAUACAUAAUGCAAGAUCAUUAUUUAGAGCCUCUAUUAACCGUGGAGGAGAGUAUGAGGGUCGCAGCAGACCUUAAACUCCAGUCGAGCGACGGGAGCAAGUCUGAGAGGAUUGAGCAGAUCCUGGUGGCACUGGGCCUCGCCAAUUCCAAAGAGACUAGAACUGCCAAUCUGAGUGGAGGACAACGGAAGAGACUAGCUAUUGCUCUUGAACUUGUGAAUAAUCCACCGUUCAUGCUGUUCGAUGAGCCAACGAGUGGCCUCGAUAGUGUUGCAUCUAAGCAGUGUAUCAAUUUAUUGAAGGCAUUGGCACGCGAAGGACCACGUACCGUUGUUAUCACGAUACACCAGCCCAGUGCAACGCUCCUUGACAUGAUCGAUCAUUUACACGUACUUGUUGAUGGAUCGUGUAUUUACACAGGUGGUACACGCAAUUUGAUACCGUAUUUGUCCGAUCAUGGCCUUCAGUGUCCAACGCAUUAUAAUCCUGCUGAUUUCUUGAUGGAAAUAUGCAAUGGGGAUUAUGGCGAUUAUAAUAAAAUACUCAGUCAGUCUAUUGAGAAUGGAAAGAACAAUGCCUGGAGGUCACCCUCGGAGACGAAAAUUCAUUGGUCUUUUGGGGAUGAACUCAAUAUGGAACUCCCCGAAAUUGAUACCAGUGAAACCAGUGGAUCGAAAUCUAGAUAUUAUGCAACGGGAUUUUGUCGGCAAUUGCUCGUACUCUUCAGGAGGAAUUUCAUCAAACUUUCUAGGGAUAGGAUUCUCACGUUCACAAGGCUAACUAUCCAUUGCCUAAUAGCGAUUUUCAAAGGAUCGGUAUUCUACAAUAUCGGUACUGAUGCUGAUGAGGCUCGCAACAACUCCGGCCUACUAUUCAUGAGCCUCAUGUUCGUCAUGUUCAGUGCCUUCAGUGCGACGCUAAUUACCUUUCCCCUCAUGCUGCCAGUGAUCAUACGAGAGCAUUUCAAUCGUUGGUACAAAUUGCGCUCUUUCUACUUCGCGAAUAAAUUCGCCGAUCUGCCAAUUCAGAUCACAGCUGUUUUGUUGUACACCAUAAUUUUGUAUCUCAUGACUGGACAGAUUGCAGAGGGCAGGAGAUUUUUACUUCUGUUGUUGUGUUACAUUGCUGUUUCACUGGUGGCUCAACUCAUUGGUCUCAUUUGUGGAAUUGUUUUGAGUAUAAAGUAUGGAGUCAUAUUUGGACCCUUUUUCAUCAUGCCAUUCGUAUUGUUCAGUGGUUUUUUAGUGCACUUGACUGAUGCACCGUGGUAUUUGCAAUGGAUAUUCCAUUGUUCAUUCUUGAAAUAUGGAUUUCAAGGUGCCAUGGCCUCGAUGUACGGAUUCGGACGAUCCCAGAUGCCUUGCAAUGAAAUUUACUGUCAUUAUACAUAUCCUAAGAAGGUAUUGAUGGAUUUCGGGAUGAAAUCUGGUGAAUACUGGAUGCCAAUGAUUGUUCUAGCUAUUCUUUACGUAAUACUAGAUUUUAUAGCCUACGCUUGUCUUCGAUUAAAACUGAAGAAAAUACUCUGAAAAUGGACAAUAAAAUGGGGUGGAUGGAAAAAUUACAUUUUUUAUAAGAAAAAUAUGGAAACGGCAGCAGAAAUCUAGUCAAAACGAAUUUCCGGGGACAAUAAUUCUUGUGAUCAUCGACGAAAAUUGUGAAAUCAAUUGGAAGUCUUGGAAAUAAUAGUUUUUCUACGAUGCCAUAGCAAAAAAAAUGUUAUUGAAAAUCUAUUCUGCCAAAUAAAUUUUUAU